AUGGCCAGCGCCGCCGUCUACCGCUCGACCCGAGCAGCGCUGCCUCGGUGGCACGCCAGAACCCACCAGAUUGGUUUCACGGCCAUCUGCCGUUCCUUCUCCUCCUACCUCGUCACCCCGAAAGAGCUGCACGAGGCCUUGCAGAAGAACCCCCCGACGAAGAUCAGCACCGAUCCGCGAGUCGUCCCCGUCUGCGCCUCCUGGUUUCUUCCCAACGAUGGAAGGACAGGCAUCGACACGUUCCGCGAGCAGAGGAUUCCCAAGGCGAAAUUCUUCGACCUCGACAAGGUCAUCGACCGCAACAGCCCCUACCCGCACAUGCUGCCGUCCGGCAAGGACUUUGCCGCGACCAUGAGCGAGCUAGGAAUACGCAAGGACGACACCGUCGUAGUGUACGACACGAAGGAACUGGGCAUCUUCAGCGCGCCCCGUGUCGGCUGGACGUUCAAGAUCUUUGGACACCCCAAGGUCCACGUCCUGAACAACUUCAAGCAAUGGGUCGAGGAGGGCCUGCCCACCGAGUCGGGCGAGCUGUAUUCUGUUGAGUGUUGCACCUACCAGAUCCCCUCGCUGGACGAGAGCAAGGUGGCUGAAUUUGAAGAGGUUCGCGAGGUCGCUCUUGACCACAACAAGGAGGGCGCCGAGGGCGUGCAGAUUCUCGAUGCUCGGUCGCCCGGGCGCUUCGCCGGCACGGAUCCCGAGCCCCGCGAAGGCCUGUCGUCGGGACACAUGCCCGGCGCUAUCAACGUCCCCAUUGGUGCUCUUCUCGACCCUCAGACGAAAGCAUUCCUCUCGCCUGAGAAGUUGAGGCAGGUGUUCAAGGAGAAGGGUGUUGACCCUGAGAAGCCCAUCAUUUCGAGCUGUGGCACUGGUGUGACUGCCUGCGUCAUUGAGACUGCCCUCGAGCAGGCACAAUAUGGAUCUGCGGAGAAGCGCAAGGUCUAUGAUGGCAGCUGGACAGAAUGGGCCCAGCGUGUCUCGGCAUCCGACUCGCUGAUCAAGAAGAAGGAAUAG